CUGGAGGGCGAAGUGUACCACCGCGAGCCUGACUGCCUGGAGAGCAUCAAGGACCUGAUCCAGUUCCUGCGCCAUGAGGAUGAGACCCGGGACGUGCGGCAGCAGCUGGGAGUCGCCCAGAUCUUGCAGAACGAUCUUCUGCCUAUCCUCGUCCAGUACCCGCAGGACAAGGUGCUCUUUGAUGCCGUCAUCAGGCUGAUGGUGAACCUGACGCAGCCGGCUCUGCUCUGCUUUGGGAAGGUGCCCCCGGAUGCCACCUCUCGGCACCACUUUCUCCAGGUGGUGUCCUACCUGCAGGCCUACAAAGAGGCUUUUGCCAGUGAGAAGGUUUUUGGGGUGCUGAGUGAGAAGCUCUACGACCUGCUGCAGCUGGACUGGGAGCAUCGGCAGGAAGAGGACAUGCUGCUGAUCGAGAGAAUCCUGCUGCUGGUGCGCAAUGUGCUGCACGUGCCCGCAGACCCCAGGGAAGAGCAGGGUGUGGACGGCGAUGCCAGUGUUCACGAUCGAGUGCUGUGGGCGCUGCACAUCAGUGGAAUGGACGACCUGCUCAAGUUCCUGGCCAGUGCCCAGGUUGAGCAGCAAUGGUCCCUGCACGUCCUGGAGAUCAUCUCCCUCAUGUUCCGUGACCAGAGCCCAGAGGAGCUGGCGGCACUGGGGCAGGGGCCAGCAGGCACCGAGCACAGCGAGGACACACUGGAACUUGAGACCUUGCGGCAGCGGGAGCUGGCAGAGAGGAAGGCCCGGGCACUGCAGCGCCCAUCCAGGCACUCCCGCUUCGGCGGCUCCUACAUCCUGAAGGGCCUGAAGGCAAUCGGAGAUCGGGACGUUAUUUUUCACAAAGGACUGCACAAUCUGAAGAACUACAGCCACGACCUGGGCAAGGAACCGCGGCGAGUGCCCCGGCGGCGCCAGGCUGCUCCUGAAUCCGAGCCUUCCCGCCGCUCCGCUCGCAACGUCCGGCUCUUCCUGCGCCACUUCUGCCAGGACUUCCUGGAGAGCUGCUACAACCGUCUCAUGCUGCUGGUCAAGGACCAGCUGAUGCGGGAGAAGGCUCAGCAGCAUGACGAGACCUAUUACCUGUGGGCCACUGCCUUCUUCAUGGCCUUCAACCGACGCCACGGCUUCCGCCCAGAGCUGGUGUCAGAGACCAGAGCCGGGGGUGUCCGUGCCUUCCACUUCAUUGAGCAGAACCUCACUAUGUACUACGAGAUGGCACUGAUGGACAAGAAGGAAGCAACAACCUGGGCCCGCAGGAUGCACUUGGCCCUGAAGGCGUAUCAGGAGCUGCUGCGGACAGUGCAGGAGAUGGACCGAUCCCCCGAGCAGGCAGUGCGGGACAGCAGCCAGGUCAUCAAGAGCAACAUCUUUUACCUGAUGGAAUACCGGGAGCUCUUCAUUGCACUCUUUCGCAAGUUUGAUGAGACCAAGCAGCCACGCAGCUUCCUGCAGGACCUGGUUGAGACAGCUCACCUCUUCCUCCGCAUGCUGGAGCGCUUCUGCCACGGCCGUGCUAGCCUCAUGGUGCAGAGCAAGCGUGUGCACAGGAAGAAGAAGCCACGGGUGCCUGCAGCCUUUGCCUUGCCACCACCCAGUGCUGUGGAGCUGGAGGAGCUGUGGGCAGGAUUGGUCCCACAGCUCCAGGCCUGCUUGGAGAACAAAGUGCCCCUCCCCGAGGACCUGGUGCCCUUUGAUGCUGCCUCAGAGACCCCAGUGGAGGAGCAGCGUGUGCAGGCUCUGCUGCGGAUCCAGGGGUGCCUGCGGGAUUCCCAAGUCCCCCAGGCUGUGAGGCUGCUCCGUUCUGCCAGGGACGUCUGGCCCGAAGGGUGUGUGUUCGGAGCCCCUGAUGUGGAGCCGCCUGAGGAGAUCCAGCUGCUGCGGGAGAUCCUUGUUGCUCCCUUGCCCCGUGAGUCCCCAGCUAAGAAGAAUGAGGAAGAGGAGACAGAGACCAUGCAGGUGUCCGAGAAGGAGUUCAACUUUCUCGACUACCUGAAGCGGUUUGCCUGUGCCCCUGUGGUGCGGGCGCUGGUGCUCCUGCUGCGGGGGUACGCACGGAACAGCCCCCACACCAACCACUGUGCUGCACGCCUGCUGCACCGCCUGGCCCGUGACCUGCACAUGGAGCCCCUGCUCUUCCAGCUCUCCCUCUUCACCCUCUUCCACCGCCUGCUCAGUGACCCUGCGGCUAGUGCAAACAAGGAGCUGGUGGCCUUAGCCAAGUUCAUCCUGGGCAAGUUCUUUGUGCUGGCAGCCACCAACAAGAAGGCCUUCGUGGAGCUGCUUUUCUGGAAGAGCCCAGCGGUUGUCCGGGAGAUGACCGAGGGCUACAGCUCCCUGCAGGAGGGAGAGGGAAGCCGAGUUCCUAUCUGGACCCCUCAGGAGGAGCAGGAGCUGCAGGAGCUGUACUGGAAGUACAAGGAGGCAGAAGGUGAGAAUGUCAUUGCCACCAUUCUGGCUCAUCUCCCGAGACCUGGGCGGACACGGAGGCAGGUGGUGAAGCAGCUGGUGCGGAUGGGGCUGGCCAGCAGUGCCAAGGAUUUCCCACGGGAGAGGAAGGGCACCUGCAUCGUGCUGUGGACACAAGAGCAGGAGGAGGAGCUGACUCGGCUCUUUGAGGAGUUUCGGGACUCAGAGGACAUCAUGGGGAACAUCAUGAAGCACCUGACGGCACGGCGGUCACGGGCUCGGGUAGUGGAGAAGCUGCUGGGGCUGGGCCUGGUCAUGCCAGCCCAGGACAGCUCAGCAGAGGAUGAGGACAGCGAGGAGGAGGAGGAGGAGGAGGAGGAAGCGGAGGAAGGCCCCAUAGUGGAUCAUUGGGUGACCGAGGAUGAGGCUGGGCAGGGCCUGGCACAGAGUCUGCAUCAGGAAGCAGAGCAGCUGCCAGCAGAGCUGGGAUCAGACUCAGAAACUGAGGAGCCUGUCCCCAUCCCCUCCGCCAGCCCAGUGCAGCCAGGCACCAAGAGGCACCGGGAGCUCGACAGUGAGGAUGGGAACGGUGGGUGCUCAGGUGCUGGACUGGCCCCCACAGGGCCCUGCUCCGAGGAGGAUGAGGACCCACAGCCCCGGGGGAAGCGGAAGCGUAUCUGCUGCCUAGAGGAGGAGGAUGAGGAGGGUUAA